AUGGUUUACACGCAAAACGUAGUUACCAGUCUCUUCUUGCUGGUAGUUGGCACCACAGCCAAAGUCAGCUUUCCACCUAUACCUUCGGAUCUAUCAACGCCUGUGCAGCAGCGAAUUUCUCUUGACGGGCCAAACAGUGUCACUAUUGGCUGGAAUACAUACGCCAAGCAACAAAAGCCCUGCGUGAACUAUGGCACCUCAAAGGAUGCACUCAACCAGCAAGCAUGCUCGGAUAUAUCCUUGACUUAUCCCACUUCCCGCACUUGGGCCAAUACUGUUACUCUUGGCAAUCUCUCCCCUGCAACGACGUACUAUUACAAGAUUUCUUCCAAGAGCGCAAUUGUCGAUCAAUUUCUAAGCCCUCGACCGGCUGGUGACAAGACACCAUUCGCCGUCAAUGCCAUCAUCGAUCUAGGAGUGUACGGAGAAGACGGCUUUACCAUCAACAUGGAUCAAUCCAAGCGCGAUAUCAUCCCAAGCGUUCAACCAUCCUUGAACCACACGACUAUUGGCCGUCUUGCCACAACAGCCGAUGACUAUGAAUUCAUCAUCCAUCCAGGCGAUCUGGCAUAUGCUGAUGACUGGUUUCUCAAGCCAAAGAACUUGCUUCACGGACAAGAGGCAUACCAAGCCAUUUUGGAAACAUUCUAUGACCAGCUGGCCCCCAUCUCUGGUCGAAAGCCUUACAUGGUCAGCCCAGGAAACCACGAGGCCGCUUGUCAAGAGGUCCCAAUCCUUAACAACCUCUGUCCUGUAGGUCAGAAGAAUUUUACCGAUUUCAUGUAUCGAUUUGGGCAGUCGAUGCCCCUUGCCUUCACAUCAACAUCGUCGGACGACACCGCCAGAGUUAAUGCCAACAAAGCCAAGCAGCUCGCGAACCCGCCCUUCUGGUUCUCAUUUGAGUAUGGCAUGGCUCACGUGGUUAUGAUCGACACCGAAACCGAUUUUCCUAAUGCACCUGACGCGCCGGGUGGCUCUGCAAAUCUGAACAGUGGACCUUUCGGAAGACCGAACCAGCAACUCCAGUUCCUUGAAGCUGAUCUUGCGUCGAUUGACCGCAGCGUCACACCAUGGGUUAUUGUUGCUGGACACCGCCCGUGGUACACCACCGGAGAUGAAGGCUGCAAGCCAUGCCAACAAGCCUUCGAGGGGUUGUUCUACAAAUACGGCGUUGAUCUGGCUGUUUUUGGACACGUGCAUAACUCCCAACGGUUUUACCCGCUAUAUAAUGGGACUAUUGACCCCGCAGGGUUGAAUGAUCCCAAAUCACCCAUGUACAUCGUGGCUGGAGGUGCAGGCAACAUCGAGGGACUGAGUGCCGUAGGCAAGAAGACAUCUACGAAUGCAUUUGCGUAUGCGGAUGACUUUAGCUAUGCCACCAUCCGUUUUCAAGAUGCUAACAACCUGCAAGUUGACUUUAUCCAGUCCUCAACUGGGAAGGUUUUGGAUACUUCUAAGCUUUAUAAGUCGCAUACGAAGCAGUUCGUUCGGCAGACAUAG